AUGAAGUGCGCUUGGAGAGCUGCAAGGGCCUGGUAUCGACAUGGGCCGUUAUCGGCAGGGUCCUCGCUCCCGGCCCUGCGUCUCGCCUCCCGCCGCGCCUUUGCGUCCAAACCGUCGCCGGCACAGCUCGAAGCCCGGAUCGCCGCCAUCCCGAUUGAGCGGUACCGCAACUUUUGCAUCGUGGCGCACAUCGACCAUGGCAAGAGCACGCUGAGCGACCGUUUGCUGGAGCACACGGGGACCGUCUCGGCCAGCGAUGCCAACAAGCAGAUUCUGGACAAGCUCGAUGUCGAGAGGGAGCGAGGCAUCACAGUCAAGGCCCAAACAUGCACAAUGAUCUACACGUACCGCGGCCAGGACUACCUGCUCCACCUCGUCGACACGCCGGGGCACGUCGACUUCCGCGCCGAAGUGACGCGGUCGUACGCCAGCUGCGGCGGCGCGCUGCUCCUCGUCGACGCCAGCCAGGGCAUCCAGGCGCAGACCGUGUCCAACUUCCACCUGGCGUUUGCGCAGGACCUGGCCCUCGUGCCCGUCGUCAACAAGAUCGACAUGCCGUCUGCCGACGUCGCCCGGGUGCUCGACCAGAUGGAGACGAGCUUCGAGCUGGACCCGAGGGACGCGGUGCUCGUGAGCGCCAAGACGGGCAAGGGCGUCUCGGACGUGCUGCCGGCCGUGGUGGACAAGAUGCCGCACCCCGAGGGCGACGAGGGCAAGCCGCUCAAGAUGCUGCUGGUGGACUCGUGGUACGACAACUUCAGGGGGGUGGUGCUCCUCGUGCGCAUGUUUGACGGCACCGUCCGCGCGGGCGACGGCGUCGUGUCGCUCGGCACGGGCGCGAGGUACACGGUCGGCCAGGUCGGCAUCCAGCAUCCCGAGGCGACGCCGCAAAGGGUCCUCCGCGCCGGCCAGGUCGGCUACGUCUACUUCAACCCGGGCAUGAAGAGGAUCCAGGACGCCAAGCUGGGCGACACCUUCACGGCCGUCGGCAGCGAGGCGGCGGUCGAGCCGUGCCCCGGGUUUGAGGAGCCCAAGCCCAUGGUCUUCGUGGCCGCCUUCCCCACGGACCAGGGCGACUACACCCGCCUGGCCGACAGCAUCAGCCAGCUCGUCCUCAACGACCGGAGCGUCACGCUGCAAAAGGACUUUUCCGAGGCGCUCGGCUCGGGCUGGCGCCUGGGCUUCCUCGGCAGCCUGCACUGCUCCGUCUUCCAGGACCGGCUGAAGCAGGAGCACGGCAGGGACAUCAUCAUCACGGAGCCGACCGUGCCCACAAAGGUCGUCUGGCCCGACGGCUCCGAAGAAGUCGUCUCCAACCCGGCCCUGUUCCCGGACGCGAGCAACCACCGGAUCCGGCAGUCGCGCACGUUUGAGCCCUACGUGCGCGCCACCAUGACGCUCCCGGACGAGUAUCUCGGCCGCGUGAUUGAGCUGUGCGAGGCCAACCGUGGCGAGCAGCAAAGCCUGGAGUUUUUCCACGCCACCCAGGUCAUUCUCGUCUACAGCAUUCCCUCGGCGCAGCUGGUGGAGGAUUUCUUUGGCAAGCUCAAGGGAGCCACCAAGGGUUACGCAACCCUCGACUACGAAGACGCCGGCUGGCGCGAAAGCAACCUUGUCAAGAUCCAGCUCCUCGUCAACAAGCAGCCCGUCGACGCCAUCUGCCGCGUCAUACACAGCUCCCAAGCCGAGCGCAUCGGCCGCGCCUGGGUCUCCAAGUUCAAGGAGCACGUCGACCGCCAAAUGUUUGAGGUGGUCAUCCAAGCAGCAGUGGGCAACAAGAUUGUGGCCCGCGAAACCAUCAAGCCGUUCCGAAAGGACGUGCUUGCCAAACUGCACGCCAGCGACAUUACGCGUCGGAGAAAACUGCUCGAGAAGCAAAAGGUCGGGCGGAAGCGACUACGCGCCGUGGGCAACGUGGUUAUUGCGCAGGAAGCAUUCCAGAGCUUCCUCUCCAAAUGA